UCUUUUUAUCGAUCGAACCAUUUGAUCGCUCUCUCUCUCUCUCUCUCGCUCUCUCUCUGCGUCGCCCUUUUCAGAACCUUGAACGCCGCCGAUUGUUUGCUCCGAUCUCCGCCUUCAGAUUCUUGCAAUUUUCAUUUUCUCGAUGGCUGACGGGAAAUUCGAGCUGCCUGAUGAUCUCCUCGCCUCCAAAACUGCCUCUGAUCACUCCUCCCUCAAAGGUGAAGCUUGGGAUGGGAACUUGGAGGAGAAGGGACUCACGGGGUUAGUUGAUGACAUCAAAGAUCAAGCAAAUUCAGAGAGCAGCAUACCUCUGUCUCCACAAUGGCUUUACGCUAAACCUGCUGAUGCUAAAAUGUUAACUGCUGGAGCUUCUGGGGAUAUACGAGUGCCAAAUUCGUUGCCCCAUGGAACCUCGGGUGAUCCCAAUCUGAAAGAUAGUUGGCGAUUAGACGGGUCCCAAGACAAGAAAGACUGGAGGAGGCCUGCACCUGAUCUUGAAAGCAGUCGCCGUUGGCGCGAAGAGGAGAGAGAAACAAGCUUACUAGGCCGAAGAGAUCGUAGAAAAGAAGAUCGCCGUGCUGAUGUUACUUCAACGAGGGAUGUUCCUGAAAAUAGGACCUUGUCGUCUUCAGAGCGAUGGCAUGAUGGUAGCAGUCGUAGUUCUGGGCAUGAAUCUCGUAGAGACAGCAAGUGGUCUUCGAGAUGGGGUCCUGAAGACAAAGAAAAGGAUUCCCGAACUGAGAAGAGGACAGAUGCUGAGAAGGAAGACGCCCCUAAUGACAAACAAGCUUUUGUCAGCGGGUGCCGCAUAGCGUCGGAGCGCGAGAAUGAUUCUCGUGAUAAAUGGAGGCCACGACAUCGUUUGGAAGUUCAUGCAGGUGGGUCAGCUUCUUACCGCAGUGCUCCAGGAUUUGGUCCAGAGAGGGGACGAGUGGAGGGAUCAAAUGUGCGGUUUGCAGCAGGACGAGGAAGGUCAAAUGCUAAUGGAAGCCUACAAAUUGGAAGGCCAGCGUCUGCUUCUGUAAUUGGAUCUCUUCCUGUCGACAGACACAAGACUUCUAAUGCAUAUUGCUACCCAAGGGGAAAACUCCUUGACAUUUACCGCAAGCAAAAGACUGGUCCAAAUUUUGACAUCCUACCUGAUGAGAUGGAUCAUUUAUCACCAAUAACACAAAAAGAAACUGUUGAGCCUUUGGCUUUUGUUCCACCUGAUGCAGAGGAAGAGGUUGUCCUUGGAGAUAUAUGGAAAGGAAAAACCACUAGCAGUGGUGUGUUCUACAACUCAUUUAGAGACACUAGUAGGGGAUCAAACGACAGCAUUGCUGGUGAAGGGAAACAAAGUUCCUCGGUUAAUAGGGAGGAUAGUGUUGAAUCUGGUGAGAAGGCUGCUGUAAACAACUAUUAUCAAGGGAAUCAUGCUGAGACAUUUGAUGUGUCAGAUUCACAGAUGAUUAUUACCAAGGAAAGGAAUAGUUCAAAAGAAGGUGAACAGAGAUGUCUGACAUCAUCUGAUAUAGAUGUAACCAAUGCUUUAAUGUCAGAUGGGGAGAUUGGUGGGUCCAGAAAUGACGUGUAUGAAAUAAAAUCAUUUGAUUGCCAACAAGCGGCAGAUUUGAAAGUGCAAAAGCACCCUAAGUGGGAGGAUAAUGAAUCAUCCAUGCAAUUUGAAGUGGGUAAUGAGCUUCCUGAAGACUCAAGUUCUCUAUUUGAUUUUCCAUCACUACAGCCUACUCCAGGCAGUAAGCAGAUAAAUCUUAGGGGCAAUAAUGAGGGACAAUCACUGGAAAGUGUUACCCUUCCUGAGGAUUUGAGUUUGUGCUAUCUUGAUCCUCAAGGGGUAAUUCAGGGACCAUAUCUGGGGAUUGACAUUAUUACAUGGUUUGAGCAAGGUUAUUUCAGUACAGACUUACCUGUUCGAUUGGCAGAUGCUCCAGAUGGUUCACCUUUCCAAGAACUUGGUGAUAUCAUGCCACACCUAAGAAUGAAUUCAGGUUCUGCCUCCAGUGUGAAUGCAGUUACAAGAAUGCAAAUACCUGAUUCUGUUGAAUGCAACUUGGAAGAGACCAUAUCCUCUUCUGCUUCUGCUCCUGAUUUGAAGGGGUCUGCGAUGGGAAAUAAGCACCAAAUUUUGUCUGCUUUUGAGACUUCUGAUACUAAUUUUCAGUUUAGUGGACCUAAUCGAAGUUGUCAUUCUGAGCAUUGGUUUUCUGAAGAUCAAAGCUUCCAUAAAUUUGCUGCUCAAGAAGAGGAAAUUAUUUUUCCCGGAAGUGCUAAUGGUGACCGUUUGAAAGUUUCUGGCGACAUGCAAGGUACUUUAGGCAAUCCUGCCAGCCAUUUGUCGAUUGCAAAUGAAUUUUCAAAAGCCAAUGUACCUUCUCAUCGUGAUGAUGAGUUGCAUCCUUUUGGAUUGUUGAUGUCUGAGUUGAAAGGCACUCAUUCGAAGCAUUCUCAAUCAUCUAAUAUGGCUUCAAGCAUAGGUGAUAAAGGGCAGUUUUUAGAUCCUUCGCUUGAUAUAGAGGCCACUUUUUCUGGUCAGAGUGUUGUUGGUACAGUGGCUGAACAAACUUCUUUUCCAGAGGCUUGGUCUGAUGAUUAUAGAAGAAAUGCUUUGUCUAACUCCAACAUUCAUCUAGGCACUACUGGUGCUCGGCUGUCAUCUCAACGGGAGCAAGAAUACAAUGGUUUUGACCUGGUACAGCACCUAAUGUCACAAAAGUUGCCCAAUGAACCACUUCAAGAGCAAAAUCGAUUCUCUCCUCAUACCUUUUCACAUUCAGCUGGAUUUGGUGUAGAGCAAAUUCAAAAUUUUGAUCUUAUGCAGAGUAAGAAUCUUAAUCUCCAGCAGUCAAUCCAUCAUUCAGCUCCACACAUAGAACAUCUUUUGGAACUUCAGUAUCAACAGCAGCAGCAGUUGGAACUUCAGCGGCAGCAGCAGCAGCAGCAGUUGGAAAUUCAGCGACAGCAGCAGCAGCAGCAGCAGUUGGAAAUUCAGCGACAGCAGCAGCAGCAGCAGUUGGAACUUCAGCGACAGCAGCAGCUUCGUCACCAGCAAAUGAAAUUGUUGCAGCAGCAGCAACAACAACAACAAUUACAACAGCAGCAUUCCCAAGCUCAGCAGUUGCUUCUUGAUCAAUUGCUGCAGCAUCAGAUGUCUGAUCCUGGUUAUGGUCAGCCCAAAUUUGAUGCUGCUAGGGACAACGUACUUGAUCAGGUUCAUUUACAAAUGCAUCUCCUGAAUGAAUUGCAGCAGAAUUCUCAUGCUUCAAGGCACCUGGAUCCAUCACUGGAGCAGAUCAUCCAAGCAAAGAUUAACCUGAGUGCUCUCCAAGGGCAACAGGCUGACUUUUUGGAUUUCAUGUCACAAACAAAGUAUGGCAAUAUGCUCCCUUCAGAGCAUCAGCUUCGUCUUCAACAAGAACAGUUGCAAGUGCAGCAAUUAUCUAUGGCACUGAGGCAACAAUUAGGAAUGGAGGGGGAAAGACGAAGUGCUGGGUCAUGGUCUGUAGAUGAAGCUGGUCAGUUUGUCAGGAAUAUCAGUCAUCACCAGGCUCAGUCAGUGGGUUUGAAUGCUUCAGAUAUUUACCAGCAGAGGCAUUCAUCUCUUGAAGAGCAAUUCAGCAAUCUUAGACGGAAUCAUUCUUUGCAGGAGCAACAGCAGCGAGGGAUUUUUGACCCCAACCAUGCAGCAUUUGACAGGUUGACUCUUCCUGCAGUAGCCCCUGGAAUGAAAGUAGACAAUGUAAAUUCUCUUGAUCUAGCUGAGCAUCUCUUUAUGCGCUCGAACAACCAGCUGGGUCCUUUUUCUUCUGGUAUCUCUCUUAGUCAACAAAUUUCGGGUGAUGUAUAUGCUUCACAUCCAGAUGCAAUAGAGAGCUUGCACUCUAGGAAAAAUGGGCAGCUAGAAAAUAGUUGGACUGAAAAACAGAGACAACAAUUACAGCUUGAAGCGGAGCUGCAAAGAAGGGAGUCUGAAGUUGAUUCAAGUGCUUGGGCAUCAGCUGGAGGAGUUCAUGAAAACUCUAAGAAAGCUUUAAUGGACAUUCUUCACCAAAAACUGGGUAUUCAAUCUGUACAGUCAUCAGAAGUAGAUUAUCAACAUCCCAUUUCAUCUUCCAGAGGUCGGGAAACCUUUUGGCCUGUUUCUGAGCCACAAACUUCCAAUUUUCCUUUUAAUCAUUUUCCAAAGCAGGAAGUUCAUGUGAACGAUUCGUUUAUGGAAGGUUCUCGAAAUUCCAAUUCAAGUGCCUUGUUGCAAGAUCAUUUGUUUGGAGUUGCUGUGAGUGAUUGUGUCAACCAUAUGGGUAACUCUGAAAGAUUGGCUCUUAAAGCCGGUUCUGGCUCGUUUGCAGAAGAACAGUCAUUCUUGUUGGGCAUUGAAGAUCCUUCUCGUAGUAGUUAUGCAGAUGCCAGCUUGAUGGGAAAAUCAGCUGCAAAUAAAGAGUUAGCAGUGCUGGAGGGAAAGAAGGAGAGGAAAAAAGGAUUGAAAGGCAUGAUAGCAAGGAGUGGCUCUGUGUCAGGGUCUGAGGACAACAUGGCAGAGCAAGUAGAGACUUUGGACUGUGGUGACUUACAAAGUGGUAUCCAAAGUCGGCAUGAUUCUCUUAGUACUGGUGGGAAUGGCAGGUUGUAUAGUUAUGAAAUUGGAUUAGAUACAUCAGUUGGAGAAGAUGCUUCUAAUGAUAGGUUGCUAUCGCUGCCAAAAGGGCUUGACAAAGUUUCACAGAAAUGCCCACCUGUGUCACGGGUUUCAUCAUCCCAGGAUGUUUUUUCUGAUCAAAGCUCAGUGGCAUUUGUCAAGCAGAAAAAUUCUACAAGCCUUGCAACUUCUGAUGAAGGAAGACAGGAAGCUGUGGGGAAUACAGGUGCAGUGAGGAUUGCAGAAACUCAGGCAUCUGUGAAGAAAGAUGUCCGUUUUAGAAGGACCUCAUCUUGCAGCGAUGCUGCGGUGUCAGAGGCAUCAUUCAUAGACGUUCUUAAGAAGCCGGUUCUUCACGGGACCGAGGCAGCAACGAAUGGCGCUGCUUUGGAACCAUCUGAUGGGGUUUCUCAAGCUGGACGAAGUGGCAAGAAGAAAGGGAAGAGAGGAAGGCAGAUUGAUCCUGCCCUUCUGGGUUUCAAGGUCACAAGCAACCGCAUAAUGAUGGGUGAGAUCCAACGCCUCGACGAUUAACCACAAACAACCACAUGUACACUCUAUGAUGCUGUACAUCUCCUGUAAAUUCUUUUUGUUUCCCCCAUUUUUGCUCUAGAUAAUUUUUGUACAGUUUAUUUUAGAUGCACAGUUGAUUAAUUCAUUUUUUC